AUGAUUUGUGCCCAGCGAGUACUUCAACUGGUACCGACUGAAACAUGUUUGAGAACGAGUGUCAUGUCUUUUACAAUGCACUUCGCAGUAUUUAUGUUGUGACAGAGAGGAAGAAGUUGUGUACUAGUGCUGUUCUGUUGUAAUCCGCGGAGGAAGAGUUACGGAUAUUUAAAGUGGAGAAGAUGGGAAGUAUGGGGACCAACAUAACGCGAACCACGGGGAAAGGGAAAAGUAAAGCAGCAUUGCGUGCAGGACUACCGAGAAAUGUUAGGAGUAUGAGCAAGGAGGUCCUUGAAGCAACGUUGCAGAAAAAGAGAGAAUGUAAUGCAAAAGCCCAAAAAAUAGUUGAAAGUUUACUGGAGAAAGAUAUCAAUGAAGAAUGGUUCGCCGGCUGUUUGAAAUUUAUUAGUGAUACCCACUUUCAAGAUGUAGUUGAAGAAAGGGCAAUCACUAAACUUUGCGGAUACCCUUUGUGUAAUGGUAUUUUGAAGAACAUUCCAAAUCAACAGUAUAAGAUAUGCACAACACAGAAUAAAGUUUAUGACUUAACAGAAAGAAAGAACUUCUGCAGUAAUCAUUGUUACAAGGCAGCAAAAUAUCUAAAGGAUCAGCUUCUGACAAGUCCACUUUGGCUGCGUGACAAAGAAGAAAUUCCACAGUUCAAGCUGUUGUCAAUGAGUAAAUCAAGUGGCAUGGUUGGAGAUGAGGUACACUUUCAACAAGAAAGUCUUGUGGAUGAAAUAACACAAUUGAAAGAUGACAAUUCCAAAAAUUUAAGUGCUAUAUUAACAGAGUCUGAAAUAAAUGCAGGAUUACAAAACACUACAAAUGAACAUGUAUGUGUAAUGAAGACAGAAUUUAAUGAAAUUCUCUCUGAAAGUAGUAAAAAUCUCAAUUUACCUUCAGAAAGCAAUGGAAAUGUAUCUAAGGGAAGUGUAAAUGCGAAUGAGUAUGCUAGAGUUAAUGAAAUUAAAGAGGAUAUAUUGAAACAGGCUGAAAGAGUAACACUGACAAAAAAUGAGUGUAGUGGUGCUGAAAUUCAAAGUGGUUUGGAUUAUCAUAGCCUCGGUGCUAAAAUGGAAAGUUUGAAGGAGAAAAAAACAACUUCAGAAGAUAGUAAAGACUCUGUAAAGAAGAAAAACACAAGUAUUCGGAAAAAAGAGAAAAAGGAAAGUUUAGAUAAACAUUCAGCAACCAAACUACAUAUUAAUAAACAAGAAGAAGCUCCUUUAACAACACUGCUGGUUGAGAAGUGUGUACGAGAAUGGUUUACACUUGACUCAAUGUACUUUCUUUUUGGUGAGGAGAGAAUGAAGGAAAUGGUUGCAGACAAGGAUAUAACUCAUUACUUCAAACCUACUGAGAGUGAUUCUUGGGAUCCAGGUAUGCGAGAGCGUUACAUUGCUAUAUGCAAGAAACUCAAUUUAUUGGAACUGGAAGAUAUUAAUUAUGACAAUAAAAUUACCAAGGAGAAUAAGGAGCUGAGACCACUACCAGAGUAUUCCAGUAUUAAGGAAGAGGGACUGAAAAUGCAGUUGAAGGUUAGGGCAUUUUUUGCUGGAAAAACUGCUUAUGAGGACUCUUCAGUUGAAGAUAGUUCACAAGAAAAUGAGUCCAGUGGAAAUUUUAUCCCACUGGUUGAUCUGCAUUCAAAGAAUGCUCUUCGCAGGAGAAUAGUGUUGGACCGCUUCAACAGAAUCUUACCCGACCUGUUAUCAACAUUUGGAAUAUCAUCCCGUGACAUAAGUGAUGACCUACGUAGCCUUGUAUUCAGCUUUUGCCUGUCGGCUCACAACAUAACUUUCAAGCCAACAGAAUGGAACUUGUUGGGUCUAAUUGUGUUAAAAAUGCUAUCACUCAGGGACAAGCGGAUCAAGGCUGUGUUAGAAACUGAACAGUCAAGGAAGUACAUGACUAUGAUGCUGAUGGUUUUCCAAGAAGAUGCUGGAUAUCUGGAGAGACUUGUGGCCUGGUUGAUGGAUAUUGACUAUCUUUUACAACAGCAUAGUGGCAGAACAGGGAGUUGAAAUUGUUGGAAUAUAACUGGUAUUAAUAUUUUGAUUGUGUGAAAUGUCAUUAGAAAUAAAGUGAACUGGAAAAAUGCUUCCUUUACUAUAGCAGCUCAGAAGCAAAAUUUAAUGAAUGUUGUCUGUUUUCACCACCUAGUGUUAUCAAGUUCACCUAUUUCAAUGUGCUCCAUACUGAAGUAGCACUACAAAACAGAUGUAAAAGAUAAUUUUAUACCUUCACUUUCCCCACAAUUUAACUGAAGAAUAGAAGUAUUUGUAAAAAAUAUUUUGCAUAACAAUUUUAUGUAAUACGGGUGUGAAACCAUUCCACAGAUUAUCACUUUAAUUUUUGAACACUACAUAUUUUUACAUGGCAGAUUGGGGUAAGUCUGCAAGCUAAGUUAUAGAGUGCAAAUUCAUUUAAUGAUCAUCCAAAUGAGGAGGAUCUUAAUGGGAGAUCCCUUCAAGUAGCCUGUCAGAGUGACUCCCUUUGGAAAAAGUUGGAAAUAGUUGGAAAUAUUCUUCUACCAGCAAAUGCAUUUGAACACACAGUAUAUAGUGAUGCUGACAUUUUCUUCUCAGGUAUGACCUGACGAGAGAAGAAAUAGUGUUGCAUGGGAAAGUAUCGUACAAAUUAACCUUUGCUUUUGAGCAAAACAACAGUUAUUUAUCGCAGUGCGGAGGGACAGAUUCACACAGCAAUAAGGCACAUAUUAAUUUUACAAACAUCAUUGCAAGAAGGCUUAAAAGAGAGGAAAGAUUAGAAAGGCUGUAACAUGCGCAUGAGAGAGGAUGGUCCUUGAAAGGCAGUUGAAUAUGAAAAAAUAAUAUUCUUGAGAGUGAUAUCAGUUUGUCAAUGAAAUCUGCAACAAGAAAAGGUUGCAGAUGACUUAGAGUAUGGAAAUGACAGAUGGAAAAUAUCAUUUUCAAGAUUAAUAUAUUAUGGAUCAGCUAGAAGGUAAGGUUUUUCAUAACUCUUUAAAUCUGAAGUAUUUUCUUCCACCAAAAAAGGAUCACGUAUUAAAUGCAAAAAGACCCAUCAACAAUAAUUGACAUAUGUAAGCAACACUUAUGCCAAAAUACUACGAAACUUGCUAUAGAAAUAAUUUUAUGAAGAUAUCGAUCUCAAAACUUGAAGCUUGGAAUAUUAUCUUAAAAUGCAUAAAUUGAUCUCGGAACUGAGCUAAGAAUCUAUGAAGCCAAGAAUCUAUGAAAUGAAAUGUACAUGUUGUUGAGAGGGAGAGGGGUUGUUGAGAGAGAGGGGGGGGGGGGGGG